AUGAAUGCAAAGGAGGACGACGAUUUUGUUCCAGUGGAAACUGCUGACUCAAGUGAUUCAGACGCAUCAAAUGAACAGCAAGCGGUAUAUGAUCCAUCUGACGAUGACCUACCUCUUCCACAGUCUGACCAUGGUGAUGAUGCACGUGUUGUGGAUGACUCCCAAGGCGGCUAUGGCGUGGCGCUCGUUGCAGUUGAUGGAGUGGAGAGAGCUGCACAUGGUCGCUGUACAUUGGGUGCUGAAGAGUAUGUUACCGUGGACAUAGAAGAAGGCACCUUGAGAGGUCGGAUGUCGGAAACGUAUACAGGCAAACCCAUGUUCAGGUUUGAAGGUAUUCCAUAUGCAGAACCACCAGUUGGAGAUCUCCGAUUCCAGCCACCGGUGAAAAAGUCGGCGUGGACUGGCGUGAAAGACGCCUUGGCGGCGGGAGAGAGGUGUCCCCAGUACAGCAGUGGAGAAGCGAUUGGCGGCGAGGACUGCUUGUUUCUUGACGUGUUCGGUCCAGGGACGCCAACGCGGAAUGGAACACUGAAAAAUGUUAUAUUUUAUAUCCAUGGAGGAUGUUUCACACAAAGAUCUAGUACUGCGAGACCACAUUAUUAUGUGGACCAGGAUGUCAUAAUCGUCACCAUCAAUUAUCGACUGGGUCUUCUGGGUUUCCUAAGCACCGGCGAUGAAGUGGUCCCUGGGAACAUGGGUCUUAAGGACCAGACAGAGGCACUUCGCUGGGUGCAGAGGAACAUAGAGGCAUUUGGAGGUGAUCCACAAAAAGUAACCAUCUUAGGUCAAAGUGCUGGAGGUGCAUCCGUUCAUUACCACGUUCUGUCUCCAUUGAGCAAAGGUCUGUUUAAGAGCGCUAUAGCGAUGAGUGGAUCAGCAUUAAACCCUUGGGCAUUCACGAAAAACGCUUCAGACAGAGCAGUGCGGUAUGCCAAACAUCUGGGCUAUACUGGAAAAAGUUCUACUGAUCUUCUCAAUUUUUUCAAGAGUGCAAAUGUGACUAUAUUAGGGACAGACAAAAAUUCUGCUCUAUCGGAAGAGGAUAAGGUCAGUUUGUUCACCUGUGUCUGGUCACCGACCGCCGAACCGCAACACGACGGUGCCUUUUUGGCGGAAUUGCCGUGGACGCUUGUCGCUGAAGGCCGCUACAAUCUGGUUCCUUUCAUGGCUGGUAAUAAUGACCUCGAACAACUGAAGCAAACACAGAGGGGUGGUAUAUUAUCCACUGGAUCACAAAUAAGCAACUUGAACAAGAACUUUGACGAGAUUGUGGGGUGCGAUCUACGACUUCCGACGAGGGAAGAACGGCUCGAAGGUGCUGCUUCCGUCAAAGAGUUCUACUACAACGGCAGCGACAUCACACUGACGGAUAACUACACCACCGCUCUUGUAAGUAGGAAGAAAUAA